AUGGCUGAUAAAGGUUUUCCAGGAAUAAAGACUGCUGUAGGCGAAAAUAACUCUGUAUUAGUCAUGCCUCCUUUUAUGCACAAUGGUACUCUAACUCAAGAUGAAAUUAUAAAUACCUACCAAAUUGCCAGUGUUAGGAUUCAUGUUGAAAGAUCAAUUCAAAGAGUAAAAAUUUAUAAUAUAUUACAAAAAAUACCUACAGAGUUAUUAGAGUGUAUUGAUAAGAUCAUAUUUUUAUGUUGUGUUAGGACAAAUCUGCAACCACCUACAAUUAAGGCACCACUUUAA